AUGUGCCGCAUCGUACUUCUCGACCAGACCCAGUACGUCAGCCAUCAGUUGGGAGCGGGGCUCCCAAGUAUCCCAGGACGGGGGGUAGCCGCGCCACCGGACAAGAUAACUCGUCCGACGUCCGUUCACGUCGCAGUGGUUCAACAGCUGCUCAACCAGAUAGCGCUGGCCACUGGUUACGCGGCGAUCUCGAACACGAGCGGGACAGGCGUCACCAACUGGCGGACACUGUCUCGAGGCAUCGAGCUGAGCUUGCCUUUGCUCAGCUCGAGAACGAGAGGAGCUCUGACAUCUCUGCGUGACGAGCUAAGGGUAGCUCGUGGGGAUGUUGAGCGGUCUCGGGAUGAGAUAACUGCUCUUCAGACCCUUGUCGAUGCCCACCAUCGGGAGCACAAGGCUCUCUGUGAGAUGCUUGAGCGCAAGGGUAUUCUUCAUCGGAAGAAACAGCGUACUGAUGGUACGGCUUAA